ACGAACUCCAACUCCUUCCAGUUCGUUGUAUCGUAAGAGCAGUUCGCUGAUUCCGCCACUUUCCGGUGGAGCAGUAGGCGGGGGAGGUUCGUAGCACUCCAACCUCGCCAUUUUAUCAAUAUCUUUGUACACCUAUGUUAAUCCACUGAACUUUAAACAAGCUCAAAAUUUGCCUAGGAGAUUAACGUAGUUGAUAAAAGGAAAUGCUUUCACAGACCAAUUCCCACUGACACGAUACACUGACGAUGGACGAAAGUUGGACAAGUUUUGCCGAAAUAAGGAUCGAUCAUUUCAAGAAGGUCGAGUGGGUAUGACAUUCGAAUAUUGUUGAACCUGUUAAAUGUUCCAUUUCCGAAAUGAACCUCGGAAAUUCUCGGCAAUGCGGGGAACAUCGUCCUUCGAUUUUCUCCGUAAUAGGUACUUUCACACGCAUCCAUCGUGUCUUUUUUUAUCGUCGAAUAUGUGCGAGAAGAAAACAAUUCUGUGGGUGAUAUUUAUAAGCAGCGCUGAGUUUUUUUCGGACCAUAUUUAAUCUUGUAAUCCUUUGCCUUUCCACGAAAUCCCUCUACUAUAUUGUUAAGCAUUCAAAAUUUAAGUCGUAGUUAUUUAAUCCGAUUGCGCACAAGAUAUAUACCAAUAAUUUAAAGCAUUACUUCCUGCAAACAAUGCGAAAUAAUUUGUUCUCAUACUUAAGAAAUGGAAUCAAUGGCAUGUUUCGGGGACGAGGGAAUUGCGCGAUGCGGCGAUCUGCCGAUAGGAAAGGUCCUAAUCAGACGCAAUCGCCGGUUGUUCAAGAUUACGAAUCGAUUCAGAAAAUGGAUGACUCAGACUUAGUAGGCAAUACAGUGAAGUUUUCUAAUGGAAGAGGAACGAAUCUUAUUCAGACGGCAAAAGCGCAGCUUAUACCUUCAGGAAAAAUACCAGCAGCUUGUUUGCAGAAUUGCGAGCCUUGUUCCAAUGCAGCACUGCAGCUUUCACAGCUACGUAACAACGGCGUAACGCUUCAUCCAUCAUCAACCUCGGGAAACAAACAGAAGCUUUCAGAGUACGAGGGCCAACGUUCACUCGGUUUUUACCUCAGUAAAAGUGAUAACCCCAUACUUCAGCAGUUUCAAGACGAUCCCAAUCUUCAAAACUCAGGGAGAAUGGCGAAUGAAUCUAAUUCAGGACUUGGAAAGCUGGACAUAAAGCCGACAACGCGAAAGGAACUUCUCACAAAAAUUGUACUUCCUGCUGAGGGCGACGAACUUCUCAGCAGCAUAACAUUGAGAUUCACACCAAGCAAGCAAAACUUCAAGACCUUGUCUGAUACUCAUCUCAAAAGAAAGAGCAGUCCAGUGGCUGCGAUUUGCACGCAAGGAUCCGCCUCUGAUUCAUCACGACUACUCUGUACUCAGUCUCAAAUUAUGGAAAUGAUUGACAGUAUCAUGGCCGAAAAGGCAGAGGGUUCGAAGAAUUCAGACGCCGUGAGCGACGAAGAAGAUAAUGUGGUACUUGAGUCGCGACCAUGCAAACCUGUGUGGUACGGUGGGGGUACUGGCAGCUGCAUUGGCAUGAAGAAAAAGGCCAAGCGAAGACAAGCCCGCACAAUAACACCAAAUAAAUCCGACGAUAGUGACGCUGCACCAUCAGAUCAUCGCAGAGGACAUUCCGAGAGGAAGAGGAGGGACAAGAAUGUGAAAUCCAAGCCCAGGAAGCGCGUCAAAUUUAGUUCCGGAGAAAUUUCCUCCUGUUCGAAGGCAUCAAAAAUGACCGUGUACCCAUCCACAACAUCGCCAACUGAUGCUGAUGAAAAGCCACAGUCAUCCACAACAAAUCUCACGGCUGCAUCAGACACAUCUAAUUCUACUGAAUCAGUACUACAGCCGCAGCCCGCCCUUAAUAACGCGGAAAUGAUGCUGAUGCAUGAUGCAAAAGACGAAAGUGGCAACGCGACAAAAGAAAACAAUUCAGCCCAGUCCUUUCGUGAGAACGAAAGUCCUGCUGAUAGCUCAGAAUUCACCCAAGAACAGACAUUGAAAGGACUUCGGAAGCAAGUGAAGUUUGCCGAACCGAUCUCGACCAUACAUCUCAUUGACCGUCCAGAGGCUGAUACUGAACGCUUCAAGUGCUCUCAGCUCACUAAUUCAAAAUUUUCAAUUCGCGGAUGUGAAACUCAUCAUUGCACCACGCAUAAGUGUAAUCAUGGCACGACUAUAACCACCUGGCAACAUCGUUGCUCAAUGAUGCCUACAUCAUGCGUCACCCCUGCUGGAAGUCGGCCAUACUGCGACAAUGAGGCGCAAUGUAGAGAGGAUGAUGGAAUACCGACCAUCUGCGCGAUGAAAUCAGCCAUGCAAUGGCCGGCCCACCAUUCACCAUGACCUGUAACCGAGAAAUGCACGCUAUUUCUGCUUCGCAGCUGUUCCUGAAGAAACAAUAUGUUGUUCUGCGCUUAGGAUUGACGUCUGAUGGUAGAGAGAUCUACGAUUAUUUGACGCCGCAUGGUGUCGGUUACUAUUAUGCUUGAAAAUCAAAAUUGCAUUUUCAACCUUCCUGUGAAAUUUUCAUUUUCGUUUCGUUUGUCAUUUACCGGUAUAAUACAGAAACGCAUGAAAUAUGUCUGGCAACGCAUAGUAAUAAACACAACUAUACAUAUAUGGACA